AUGAUGGUCAAGAGUUUAGCCGGUUCACUGACGGCUGCCCUAGUGGCCGUCGUUUGGUAUUGGUCCAUGGGUACGCGAAUUACAUAUGGAGAUGCAUCUCAAGUUAGAUCUCUUAUAGAAGAAGCAUUUCUGACCUCUUGGGAAGAUUACGAGGCUUAUGGUUGGGGAUCUGAUGAGUAUAGUCCACUGAAAAGGACCCAUAAAAACAUGGGGGCAUCAGAUGCACCAUUGGGAUGGAUUAUAGUAGAUUCGUUGGAUACCAUGAUGAUGAUGUAUAAUAGUAGCGGGUCAUCUAGACUGUUGGCUGGUAUUUUAAAGGCACAGACGUGGAUUGAUAACGAGUUGAACUAUGAUUUAGAUAGUGAGGUGAGUCUUUUCGAGACUACAAUUCGUAUGCUUGGUGGGCUUUUAUCAGCCCAUCAUUGGUCCUCUCAGAUGAGAGUCGGUAAUGAACAAAUGUACCUGGAUAAAGCCAUUGAUUUAGCUGAUCGGCUGUCAAUGGCAUUUUUGCAAUCUAAAAGUGGUAUACCGUACUCUAGUAUUAACUUACACACUGGUGAAGCUGUUAAGAACCACGUUGAUGGCGGUGCCUCUUCCACCGCUGAAUUUACCACGUUGCAAUUGGAGUUUAAAUACUUAUCAUAUCUCACUGGUAAUAAGAGUUAUUGGGAAUUGUCAGAACAAGUUUACAAACCAUUAUAUUCGUUGAAUGGACUUGUAGGACCACAAUGGGAUGGGUUGGCCCCCAUCUAUACGUAUCCAGAUACUGGUGAAUUUAGAGGUAAUCACAUAAGAUUUGGAUCUCGUGGUGAUUCAUUCUACGAGUAUUUGCUGAAACAAUACUUGUUGACCCAUGAAAAGUUGUAUUACGAUUUGUACAGAGCCUCUAUUGAAGGUAUGAAGAAACAUUUACUUGGAACAUCGAAGCCCAAUGGAUUGGUUUAUAUUGGUGAAAAGCAAUUCGGAUUACGGUCGGAAUUAGACCCAAAGAUGGAUCAUUUAGUAUGUUUUAUGGGUGGCCUAUUAGCGAUGGGUGCCACGGAGGGUUUACCCAUUAAGAAGGCUCGUAAGCAGCCAUUUUGGGAUACUACCAGAGAAUCAGAUUGGAAAUUGGCACAAGACCUUACCUACACAUGUUAUCAGAUGUAUGCACAGAUCCCAACAAAGCUGUCGCCGGAGAUCGUAGUAUUUAAUAAGGAGGACGCAGUGGGUCGUUCAAAUUGGAUCUCUGAAAGUGGUGAUUUCUACGUUAAACCUGCAGAUAGACACAAUUUACAAAGGCCAGAGACUGUGGAAUCCCUCAUGUUCCUAUAUCAUUUGACAGGCGAUAACAAAUACCGCCAAUGGGGGUGGGAAAUUUUCCAAGGCUUCCAACAACAUUCUUUGAAACCUCGUAUGAGAAGGCCAGGAAAGGUUUAUACAUCUCUAAAAGAUUGCAUCCAGAGCCCUACCCAACCAUUGGACAAUUUGGAAUCAUUCUGGUUAGCAGAAACAUUAAAAUAUUUGCACCUGCUGUUCCAGGAUGAUGUGGACUUGACUAAAAUUGUUUUCAACACUGAAGCCCAUGCUUUCCCAGUGCUAGACACUAGAUCGCUACGUGAUAUGAAACUCAAGACUGGAUGGUCUCCUUGA